AUGCAAUUGAUUGAAAUAUUUAAAUCAUUACCCAAUUUCCAAUUACUUUUCAACUAUAUCUCCUUAUCAGAAUCAUCGACAAACAUAAUGAGUUGGGAUCAAGCAACAAUCAGUUUAAGUAAUAGAAGUAAAGGAUGUUAUUUAAUAACAGAAGAAAUCAUUAGUAAAUUACCUCAAAUUAAAAAUUAUGAAAUUGGAAAUUUGAAUUUAUUUUUAAAACAUACAUCAGCGGGUAUAACUUUAAAUGAAAAUUUUGAUGAUGAUGUACAAACAGAUAUGGAAGCAAUAAUGGAUAGAAUAGUUCCACAGCGUAAAGAUUAUUUACAUUCAUCUGAAGGUAAUUAUGAUAUGCCAUCUCAUGCUUUGAGUUCUUUAAUGGGUGUUAGUUUAAAUAUUCCUAUUACUAAUGGGAAAUUGGCUUUGGGGACUUGGCAAGGUGUAUGGUUGGUUGAAGGUAGAAUUGAAAAACAUAAUAGAAAAAUUAUAGCUACUAUAAAUGGUCAAAAGAAAUGA